AUGGUACACGGUUUUUGGGAAGCAACUCGACAGGAAAUUUCUCAUAACCUUCCACCAAGUGACAUUGAGGGUCGCCGGGGUAUUCAAUGGGGUCUUGGUCCUAUCAGAGUCGAUGGAUACUUUGAUACAAACACCUUUGAAAUUGGUCCCUCGGUAUCUGUUGUUGGUAUCGAUAUUGGAACUAUUUACGGUAAUCUCAAAGAUGGGACUGCCGUUAGGUUUAACUUGGGGGUUGCCAACGGUGAGAUCCGAUUUUAUCUCAAGAAUGGCAAUCAGGUUUGGACUUAUCUGGAUACCAAAGUUACCUUUAAUGGACAAUAUUCCGGUGACUACAAGAUUAUGGAGUUUUAA